AUGCACAAGCAGCGACAAAAACCUGUCGUUUCAUCCUUUUGUUUCCCUCGCCACGGCUACAUGCGCCUCUGUGUUCUUGUUCGAAUCCUGCUCCCUCCACCUCCUCCCCGCUUACCCGUGGCAAGGAUAACCCGGCUGGCUAUCGACAACAACCACCCGCCUGUGCCGUCGAGCCCACACUUGUUGGGAACUUCGUCUCCAUGGCUACAAACGACCGACAGCUCCGCUGUUUGGACACAGGCCCCUCUCGAUGAAGAGCCGUCAACUGCCGUCAGACGAAUCCUCCGUGCGCCUGAAGGCACGGGGUCGCGUCAGUGA